UCGUUUUUUUUUUCUCCCACAGUUCUCAGAUCACAUUACGCGCUAGCUUUCUCCACCGGCAACUUCCAAGCACCAGCACAAGACUGCAGAAGGCUCUAUUAGUCUCAAUUCGCACGAACUGCAAAACUACCAGGUUUGUAAUGGCGUCUCCUUAGUCCCGAGUAGCAACAGCCAGCAGUUUAUUGAGGAGCCACGCAGACAGUUCCGUUCAAGCCUGCAUCAAAGAUCAUAGUCACUCUCCAUACUGAAGGAGAAAACAUGGCAGGUCGUCCACCCCGUGAUGAAGAAAGGGCAAAUGCAAUGCUCGAAAAGAUGACGGCUGCCCUAAAGAUUCGAUCAAGAGUUUUCACGGAGGGCGUCAUGAUCAUGGUUUGCCCGGUGCUCCUUGCCAUCACACGAGAGACUGUUAAAUCAAAAAUUGACGCAAGUAAAUUUGUUCGGCUCAACACUCCCGGAAUAGCAGGGGCCGCCUUGGAGUUCGGCAUAGUCCAAUUCCUCGUUAUCUGGCCAUUAAGAUCAAGCACCGUGAACAAUUUGCUUUGCGUCACCUCAAAGAUUCUGAUUCACACCUGCGUAGUACUGCUGAUGGCCCUGGCCUCCCUCAUUAUGAAUAUUAUUGGUCUCAAGUGUCUCCCUUGCUACGUCGUGGCUAUGGUCUUGUUCGUAGCGCUCACCAUGUAUCUGUGCUACCUGUCAUGGCGAACGGACGACCUGGCAGAAAUGACUGACACUCAAUUUCAAGCGUUGAAGGGUUCACUUGAUCUGUGGGCAAACUUCUCGGCUGCGGUCACUACUGUUCUGUUUCUUGGUAUAGAAGCCUUGGCGUUAGAGGGACUCAUGAGCGACAACGCUCAUGAACUGAGGCGCCUGCUUGCAUUCCCGAUGGGGUGGAGCCUUGCUACCUGCGCAGUAGGCGUGAUCACAAUGCUCUUGGUGACAGUCCAUCCGUUGAUCUCCCGCAAUGACCUCAUGAUGUCCAUUCUCCAGAAAUUAAAUGUCGGGCUUGCCAUCUGCGUAUGUCUUGUCGUGUACUACAUCACAGUAGAGGCGGUGAUAAAGAAGUACAAGCUUACUACUCCACAUCUGCUACUCGAACUGAUUCUUCACAUCAGCGUAUUUGUGGUUGCCCCAUUUGUGCCCUUCAUGGCCUGGUUAGUCUGUGCUAUGAAGGGCUGCCGUCCGGGUAGGAACUCAGAUACCCCAGAUGAAGAAGUUGAGCCCGCGUCACUGGAACUGACCAAGAUCACCUUCGCGGCCUUCUUGGCUGUCAGAGUAGCAACUGCCAAUGAGACUCCAAUCGGCAACAGAGCCAUCAUGUUCCUAUGCUCUAGCGCAACAGCUAUUGUCACAGGACUCGAAUGGAGGCUCGUGACCCACUGGAAGAAAGUGCCGCCUCCCGUGGCCAGAGGCGCUGAUUGUGCUAACUUCAUUUCUCACCUGUGCAUGGCUGUUGCGGUGAUUCCAUUCGCAGUGCUGGCAGGCCAGACUGUGAAAAGGGUAAGUGAAGCACCAACCUCAACAGCUGGCUGAAUUUCGCUGAUUCAUGAUGCUGCUCCCUUGCAUUACUACUACUGUCUGCCGAACUCGAUCGUGAGUUUGCCAGGGCUAGUCUAUAUGAUUUCAGUUAUCAGUUUUUUCUAUUGUGGACACUCGAUUUGUUUAAUUUAAAUAAUGAGCAGCAUCCAGCAAUUUCAGAUGUAUCGGUCAUAUUGGACAGAACUUCUCUUAUCAGAUGAAAUGGAAAUUUCCCAGAUUUUAGAUAUAA